AUGACAACAUUAGAGGAUGAACAAUCGAAGGUAUCUUGCAACAAGGAUAGAUUCAAUAGAGGGGAUUUGGUGGAAGUGUGCAGUGAUGAAGAUGGUUUCCAAGGUGCUUGGUUCGCUGCUACAGUGAUUGAACAAGUAAGUUCAGGAAACUUGUUGAUUCAGUAUAAAUCAUUGAGGAACGAUGAAGACACAGAGUUUUUGACGGAAGUGGUUGAUAGCAACCACAUUCGUCCUCAUCCUGGUCAAGAGGUUGUUGACCAUUAUCGUGAGCUUGAAGAAGUUGAUGCUCUGUACAACGAUGGGUGGUGGGUGGGUGUGAUUUCUAAAGUUAUCGGCAAACAGAAAUAUGAGGUUUACUUCAGGGGAACGGAGGAGGAAAUGGUGUUUAAACAAUCUGAUUUGAGGCGACAUCAAGAAUGGAUCUCUGGACAAGAAUUGGUAUUUGUUAACAGAUUAGCAAUAAAACGGAGGAUAUUUGUUGCCAAAUGGAUCUUUAGUGUAACUUUUGUGGCUGAUAUCCUGUGUAAAGUGUGGAAAACUGCACAAAAUCAAACACCCUCCAUCUUUAUUGGUGGUAAAAUGGGUUGGUUGAGGAGGUUAGGUAAAUAG